GGACUCUUAAUUUGAAGUCCGGAAAUGUUAUUUUGUAGCCGGAAACGGUUUGAAGAUCGGCGGCUGAACACGCAAAACAAAACACGCGUUAAUUUACUCGUUUUUUGUUCAAGGUUAACACUUCCAAAAGACACAACGCCUUGAGAGAUGUUUUAUCACAUCUCUUUGGAGCAUGAGAUUCUUCUCCAUCCAAGAUACUUCGGACCCAAUCUUUUGAACACAGUCAAACAGAAACUUUUCACAGAGGUGGAGGGGACAUGUACGGGAAAGUAUGGUUUUGUCAUUGCAGUAACUACAAUUGAUAAUAUCGGAGCCGGUGUGAUACAGCCUGGCAGAGGUUUUGUCUUGUACCCUGUCAAAUACAAAGCAAUUGUAUUCCGUCCCUUUAAAGGAGAAGUGGUGGAUGCUGUUGUCACUCAGGUUAACAAAGUUGGACUCUUCACAGAAAUUGGCCCCAUGUCUUGUUUCAUUUCUCGUCAUUCUAUUCCUUCUGAGAUGGAGUUUGACCCAAAUUCAAAUCCUCCCUGCUAUAAAACAGUUGAUGAGGACGUUGUCAUUCAACAAGAUGAUGAAAUUCGACUGAAGAUUGUGGGAACUCGAGUGGAUAAGAAUGAUAUUUUUGCUAUUGGAUCUCUUAUGGAUGACUAUUUGGGUCUUGUCAGCUGAUUCUUCAGCCAAGAAUAUGAGAAAUACGAAACUUGAUGCUAUGGUGAUGCCACAGUUAUUUUUGUUAUGUAUAUACUGUAAGUGUGUACUCAUGAAAUAGAAGUUAUGUAGUUUUUUUUCCUUUUUAAUCUCUACUUUUAUCUUCUCAUUGUCCACAUGUGGAACUGCUUUAUGUAGAAUGGGAACAAAAUGUAAUUUAGCAUUGGUUAUAAACGAUGAAAGAAGAAUUUUAUAGUUAGACAACCAUUAGUAUGACUUUUUGGCAGACUUGUAGACCAAAUGUUGUAACUCAUCACAUGCUUUUAAAAUUAUUUGAUUACCUUAUUAAAUAAGGUCAGUUUAAACUGUUUUUCUAAAGUUCGAUUUGCCCUUUAUAUUUUUUUCUUUUUGUAAUACAAUACCCAUUACAAAAUGUUUAUCA